AUGGCUAGUAGCAAGGUAAAGACGGCCUACAAGAAUUUUCCUGCAGAUGCUGAUUUUCCAGACCUCAGCAAACACAAUAACUACAUGGCCAAAGUUCUUACUAAAGACAUUUACUCCGAGCUACGCAAUAAAGCCACACCAAACGGCUUUACAUUGGACGAUGUCAUUCAGACUGGAGUUGAUAAUCCUGGUCAUCCGUUUAUUAUGACUGUUGGCUGUGUUGCUGGAGACGAGGAAACUUAUGAAGUCUUCUCCAAGCUCAUGGAUCCCGUCAUCGAGUUACGUCACGGUGGAUUCAAGAAGACCGAUAAACAUAAGACCGAUCUGGAUGCGAGCAAAUUGAAAGGUGGAGAUGACCUGGAUCCGAAUUAUGUAUUUUCCAGUCGUGUGAGAACUGGUCGCAGCAUCCGCGGAUACAGUCUACCACCUCACUGUUCUAGAGAUGAGAGAAGAAAGGUAGAGAAGAUUACAGUGAAAGCCCUUGAUCAAUUGGACGGGGAAUUAAAGGGGAAAUACUAUCCGCUGGACAAAAUGACAGAGCAAGAACAAAACAUGCUUAUCGAAAAUCAUUUUCUAUUUGAUAAACCUGUUUCACCAUUAUUGACGUGUGCUGGUAUGGCUCGGGAUUGGCCAGACGCUAGAGGUAUCUGGCAUAAUUCACACAAAAAUUUCCUGGUGUGGGUGAAUGAAGAGGAUCAUAUUCGUGUGAUUUCCAUGCAAAAAGGAGGUAAUAUGAAAGAAGUCUUUCAACGAUUUUGCACCGGACUUACAAAAGUCGAGGCCCUCAUGAAAAACGCUGGUUCAGAGUUUAUGUGGAAUGAGCAUUUAGGCUUCGUUCUUACUUGCCCUUCAAAUCUUGGCACGGGGUUGCGAGCUGGUGUUCACGUGAAACUUCCAAACCUGGCUAAAGAUGAGAAACGAUUGGACGAAAUAUUGAAGAAGCUAAGACUUCAAAAACGUGGAACGGGGGGUGUGGAUACCGCAAGCGUUGGAGGCGUCUACGAUAUUUCAAAUGCCGACAGGAUUGGAUUUUCAGAGGUCGAGCUUGUGCAAGCAGUGAUUGACGGAGUGAAAUUGCUCGUGGAAAUGGAAAAGAAACUGGAGAAAGAUGAAUCAAUCGAUGCACUCAUUCCACAAUAAAAUAAUCAAAAUAAACUUGGACCAAAUGCAGUAUCUACGUUAGCUUUCGAACUGUGUAUAUGAGUAAAAUAGGAUGUGAUUGACUGACAUAAAAAGCAAGAGUAAUGGACAUCUAUAUACAGAAAUCCAUGAACAUUUUGAAUUACUCUUAUCUGGUUAACUUACGUUUUCAUUAUUUUGUUCUGAGAUCCAAGCAAUCUUGAAAUAUUUCAAUGAAUGAAUGAACAUUUUUUGAGUCUUCCAUUUUGAUAAUGCACUUCAUUUCCAAUGUUGUACAAUACAUGCAAACUUCACACAGUAUGAAACAUUCUGCCUGCAACAAUUGCAUACACACGUUAAUAACUGUUGUAUUAUAUCUUUGUGUGGAGAAAUGAUGAGCUCACCUUAGCAUAUAGGAAAUAUCUGAUUUCCUCGACCCCGAGAGGCGUAGAAGCCAUAGUCAAAAUAUGAUUGUCGUUUAGCUUUCUAAGAAAUUCGUCUUGAUCAGGUAUUUCAUCAAGCUGCAUUUCAUAAGAUUCACUGACAAUAAAAACAAAAAACGAUCAAA